AUGCCUUGCUUUAAGGGUCUUGCUGUCAGCAUUCAUACACCGGAAGGUCCACUUCCAGAGUACUCCAUCCAGAAGCAAUCCCGAUUCUCUCGCAUAAGCUCUUACAUCCCGGUUCCACCUGCCAAAAUACCACAGAACUCGACGUCCAACCAACCUGAGCAAUCUACGUUCGCUAUCUCUAUUACACUACUCACGCCGGGUCUCAAUGUCCCGUACUCCCAACCCAAAUCAGCACCAGAGAACCCUUACCCAAGACCUCGAAUAGUCAGUGGGCUACCAAGCCUCACAGGAGAUCGAGGGAGAUAUGGGAGUGUUAUCGGUCCCUACGUUCCUCUAACUACAUCACCCAACGAGACCAUCGCUGCGUACAUCUACUUUGACGGCAGGGCCAAAGAGGAGGUUGCUACGCUUCUACGAAGAGGAGAGGAGACAUGGGUCAACUCAAGAUGGGUUGGUGUACCCGAGUCAGAGGGUGGGGGCCUUGCAGAACGGGAGUUCCUGUUUCGAGAAGUAGGGCUUGAGAGAUGGUUGAACGGGCUUGAUCUGGAAGGGAAGGAUGCAGCCGCAAAGAUUGAGCGACGACGACAGAAGAUAGAAAAAAAGAGACGGCGGAGAAAGCUAAAAACAGACAGCGAUGACGAAGCUGAGUCCUCGCUGCUGGGAGGACAAGACCGGUCCGAAAAAGGUGUUCUUCGGUAUGGGGCAGACAACCAAUCGCCCUUGGAGCAGAUGUCGGAUUCGGAUGAGAUGUUCCUUUCGGGGUCAGGUUCGGACUCAGAUGAUGACCCAGUACCUGAAUCAACGGGGCAGAUCAAGGUUGCUUUGUUCAGGGUACUGGCAUCUGGAGAGAUCAAGAGGGGAGAAUAUUCGCCCCAAUUCGAUGCUCACGAUGAUGACGAUGAGAUGGGCAGAGGCAAUGAGAACGGAGCAAAGACUGAUGGGAACAGCACUGAAGAAGUAGAUCAUACAACGAGCUUUGCCCAGCCGAAGUCACUAGAUCCGAAGUCGAUUAGUACGCAGACGGUGACUGGGAUCGAUCCUCCAGAUAGACCAUUCGCUGUCUUCACGUUUCUGUACCGUGGCGAAAAGCAACUCCAGAAGAUGGGGAUCCUCCCCAUAUCACCAAAAACCCCAGACAAGCUUGCAGCCUCGAACGGCAAGCGAAGAUCAAUGCAAGCCGAUUUUGCCAAGCUGAAACCUCUAAACCCGAACGGUCUUAUGGGCUUCUCGACGUUUCGAGACCCAAAUGAGCGAUCUGAGACAAACGGGGUCAAAGACAAAGCCGGCAACAAGAGGUCCAACGAUGAAGACAGCGACGAAGACGUUGGGAUUUCGAAAGAAGUGUUGAUCAAGACCGAGGGAGAUGAUAUCCAGGAAGCCAAUGGUAUGCUAUCGCCAGAGGACGCCAGACGCCAAGGCGAGCUGGCAGAAGGUGUCCAGAAGAUAAGGUUAAAACGACAGCAUUCCGCUGAUCAGAUGGACUUGCCUUCGCCUGCGCCUGCUCACAGGAAAUCUCCCCCCUCCAACACUCCUACCGCAGGUUCUACCCCUCCAUAUCAGCAAAACGUAGCGCAAUCACCCACGACGCUCCUCCCGAGUACUGUCUAUGACGGAGGCUCUUCCAAAGCACCUGAGGAUGCAAUGAUUGGCAGCCCACUCAAGAGGCAGCGAGCGAGCGUCUCAGGACUAGACGAGGAAGGUGUGAGAUCGAAGCUUGGACUGGGACUCUUGGGUGCCAAUGGAGAUGUGCUUGGAGCCACUGCGCAAGACAAGAAGAAUGUUGGGCCGGUAGCACAGGACAAGCCUGGCUUUGGCGAUAUCUUGGGCCUGUCUACACAAGAGAAGGUCAUAUUUGGCGGCCAGCUCGGAUCACAGGCAGUAGAUGAGGCAGUGAAGGCAGAGGAAAUGGAAGAGGAGUUAUGA